AUCGAAUGCCUGAAACGUCUUCCAUUUCCAACCAUCGUCUCCUUUUUCGCUUCCCUUCUCUCUCCUUGCAGAUUUGUGCCAUUGGGUUCUUUCCAUCAUCCUCACGCAAUCCCCAAAAAUCCUCCCUCGGCUUCGUUUUUGAAGCCACAGUUUCUCUUCUUUGGUGGAGGGAGAAGAAGGUGUGUUUUGUUAGGUUGGUUGGUUUCAGCGGGAUCGUUGCCUUUGAGGGGUGAUCUUCCGGGCUCAGGGUGGACGGCACCAUGUCUGUCCAGGAGUAUUUGGAGAAGCACAAGCUGUCGAGUCGUAUCGAGGAUGCGGUGAAUGCUGCUGUCCGAGCCAAGAGUCCUGAUCCCGUCAUCUUCAUUGCCGAUCACCUGAGGAAAGCUGUGCCCGGAGUCAUCACCAAAGUCCAUGCUCGUCAGAUUAUUGAUAGCCGUGGGAACCCCACAGUGGAGGUCGAUGUUUGGACCGGCAAGGGCAUGUUUCGUGCGGCAGUGCCUAGCGGAGCUUCUACUGGAGUUCACGAGGCCGUUGAGCUUCGAGAUGGUGACAAGAACGUUUACAUGGGUAAAGGGGUUCUGAAAGCUGUUGCGAAUGUCAACGACAAGAUUCAGCCUGCCAUUCUGGGCAUGGAUCCCAGAGAGCAAGCCAAGAUCGAUAGAACGAUGAUGGAACUGGACAAGACUGAAAAUAAGGGGAGUUUGGGAGCUAACGCGAUUUUGGCUGUGUCAAUGGCUGUAUGCAAAGCCGGAGCUUGCGAGAAAGGGGUUCCUUUGUAUCAGCAUAUUGCAGAUCUCGCUGAAAACACGAGGCUGGUAUUACCAGUACCUGCGUUUAACAUUAUCAACGGCGGAAGUCAUGCCGGCAACAAGCUUGCUAUGCAGGAAUUUAUGAUUCUACCCGUUGGUGCUCCUUCAUUUUCGGAAGCUAUGCGAUAUGGCACUGAAGUGUAUCACCACUUGAAGGCUGUGAUUAAAGCCAAAUACGGUAUCGAUGCUUGUAAUGUGGGAGAUGAAGGGGGUUUCGCCCCCAGUAUUGCUAGUAAUAAGGAAGGUCUGGACCUCGUGAAAAUGGCCAUUGAGAAAGCUGGGUACAGUGGAGUAGUUAAGAUUGGUAUGGAUGUUGCUGCCAGUGAAUUUUACACCUCGGACAAGAAAUACGAUCUGGAUUUCAAAACACCCAACAACUCAGGAGCGGAUGUGAAGAGCGGAGACGAAAUGAUUGCAAUGUACCAAUCCUUUUGUAAAGAUUAUCCUAUCAUAUCCAUUGAAGACCCCUUCGAACAAGAUGAUUGGGAGAACACUAAGAAACUGACAGACCUAAAGAUUUGUCAGGUUGUAGGAGAUGAUACUCUCGUCACCAAUCCUAAGCGUGUUGCUAAGGCCAUUGAGGAACAUACUUGCAACGCGCUGCUUCUCAAGGUAAAUCAGAUUGGAACGAUCACAGAGGCCAUUGAAGCCGUCAACAUGUCAAAGAAGGCUGGUUGGGGAAUUAUGGCGUCACAUCGCAGUGGAGAGACGGAGGAUUCCUUCAUUGCUGAUUUGGCUGUUGGACUCUCCACUGGCCAGAUCAAGACAGGCGCUCCCUGUCGGAGCGAGCGCCUUGCCAAAUACAACCAGCUUUUGAGGAUUGAGGAAGAACUCGGGGAUAAAGCCGCUUACGCGGGCGAAAAUUGGAGACCAAAGCUCUGACAGCGUCAUAUCUAAGAAUUGGGGAUAUCGACGGUUGUCUUUUUGAGACUCUUUUCCCUGGUGACACAAAUAAUUUUAGGCAUUUUAGUCAGAAGAGUUGGUUAUUAGAUCACUGUUCCCAGAAGCUCCAUUACAAGCAGUUUGGGGAGUGCCAACAUCUUAUCGUUGAACUUGUAACUGGGGUGUCACUUACCUCCUUUGCAUUUGUCAAAAUGACUGCCAGUCUUUCUGUGACACUCCCGAAGAGUACAAUAAGCUGUGCGAAGGUCCUACCAUGAUUUUCAGAAUGUGGAGGAAAAUUCAAGCCCCAGAAGGAGCGAAGAGGAUGAGUGUAUUCCAUUGCCGCGAGGUGGGACAUAGAAAUGCAGUUUUUUGGAAGGAAUCUGUAAUUGGGGGUCUUCUUACCGCAGCAUGGGUCCUUGUUGUCUCGUUAAAGGUUUUGUACUUUUUUAAAAAUUAUAUCGGCUUCUUGAUUAUUUUUGUUCCGAAAGAUACAAACUUCGCAAAGGCUCGCCGGUGCAGUCCGUCUCUAGCAACGAACGGCUCGUGUAGAAGCACAAAGAAAAACCCGGUUCAGCACGGCUUGUAUGAUGACGACUAUGAAACUAUCAUUUCUUAAUAA